GUUGGUGGUGCAGUGGUUGCGCGAGCGCAGGCCUGUUGCGAUCAGGCAGCUAAGCGCACGUAUUGCCACACACUCAUACAUUUAUAUUUCAAUUAAACAUUUAUAAUAUUCUUUAUUAAAAAGGAAAACAGAAAUAAAUAAUUUAUAAUAUAUGUAAAAUAAAAAGUACUACUAAAUUCAGUUUUAUAGAAAAUUAAACGGAAAAAAUAAUACGCGAUUAAUAUUCUUUCACAACAACGUUAACGUUAUUUAAACUUUAAUGUUCGUUAAAUAAUUAAAUUAAUUUAAUUAUAUAGUUCUAACAAAGUACGUCUUAAUUAAAUUAUUAAUAAAAUAAACUAAAUUUUAAUACUUUAUCCUUCUUCGUUGUGGUGUGAGAAGAAAGUGAAAGUGAGAAUGAGUAAAGUAGCUAGUGCCAAUGAGAGGAUGGCGGCGACCUUCGACACGGACCGGCUGAUGCAUGAGCUCGGCCAGUUCCGGCGGUUCCACGUGAUGAACUACUUUCUGCUGGCCCUCACCGUGUUCGCUGCUGCACUCUACGCGAUCAAUUACGUGUUUCUAGCUGCAGACGUGCCUUACAGAUGCGUGGUACCGGAGUGUGAAGCGUUCAACAGUACGGAGUACAGCCCGCCGUGGCUGGAUGCCGCGCUGCCGGCGGGCGGCCGCGAGCGGCGCUGCUCCCGGCGCUCCCCGCUCGACCCGCAGCAAUCCUGCGACGGCGCCACCUUCGCCGAGGAGUUGCAGGAAUGCGACCGGUGGCUGUACGCCUCGAACGACACCAUUGUGGCGGAGUUUAACCUCGGGUGCCAGGAGUGGAAGCGCACGCUGGUGGGCACCAUACACAACAUAGGCAUGCUCGUCUCGCUGCCCAUAUUCGGAUACAUUUCUGAUCGAUGGGGUCGUAAGCGUGCUCUGAUCCUGAGCUGCACGCUGGUCGGAGCCAUAGGCUCGCUUAAGGCUUUUUCAAUAUCUUAUGAAAUGUACGUGAUUAUUGAGUUUUUGGAGACGCUGGCUGGCGCCAGCGCUUUCCCUGCUGCCUAUAUUCUCACGAUUGAACUCCUUGGACAAGAUAAACGGGUACUAACUACAGCAUUCUUGGGCAUCGUGCUAGUGAUAGGAGGUCUCAGCUUCGCGAUGCUUGCGAAGACGUUCUCGUACUGGCGCACAUUCAUCCUGGUGGUGUACCCUCCGUCGUUGCUGUUUCUGUCAUAUAUAUAUUUACUUCCUGAGAGCAUCAGAUGGCUUCUAUCUAAAGGUUAUAAAGAAGAAGCUGUAGCAAUAAUAAUGAAAGCGGCUAAAAUGAACAGCGUGACAUUAUCAGACGAAACAAUGAAACAGUUAAUUGAAGAAAAACAAAGGCCGGUAGAACAGAAGAAAGAAGAUCCAGAGCAACAAGGAUUAUGGAUGCAGGUGCUGCGCUCACCAAUCAUAAUGAUGAGGCUGGCGAUAUGCUCAUGGUGGUGGAUCACGUGUACAUUCGUGUUCUACGGACUGGCGAUCAACUCUGUAUCGCUGGCCGGUGAUAAGUAUACGAACUACAUGCUGGUGGUGAGCGUGGAAGUGAUCGCGGUGGUCACCAAUGCGCUGGUGCUCGACCGGGUUGGACGGAAGCGGACGCUGCUGGUGGCUUACACUGUGUGCGGUCUGUCGUGCAUGGCGAUCACUUUUGUCCCCAAAUCGCUGCCGUGGCUGGUGACAGUGCUGUACCUGGUGGGCAAGAUAGCCAUCACGCAGGCGUUCAGCGGCAUCUACAUGUACACGUCGGAGCUGUUCCCAACGCACGCGCGACACUCGCUCCUCGGCUUUUGCUCCAUGGUUGGCCGUAUUGGCUCCAUCGUCGCACCGCAGAUGCCUCUACUGGCGAUCUACGUGGAGUGGCUGCCGUCGGUGCUGUUCGGCGCGGCUGCACUGGUGGCGGGGGGGCUGAUGCUGACCACGCCGGAGACCCUGAACACGAGGUUACCCGAUACCAUCAAGGAGGCGGAGCAGAUCGCCAGCCGCAAGAUCCGACCCGCUCCACCCACGGACGAUAUACAAAUGAACGAUUCUAGGCUAUAACCAUUUUGAGUUACAAACGCACACAUACAUACACACAGUGUGUAUGUUUGAGCGAGAAGAAGUAUACAUUACUCGUGGCCAUUGGUGACAGUCUAGAAUUUUAGAUUAUUAACAGAAAUAAUUGUUAUUUAUUUAAUUAAUUUAUUUCUAUUCUAAAGAACUUAUGUCUAAACACCACAGGAUAAGUUGAAAUCAUUAGAAUUCUGCUAAGGGAGUACCAUCAGUGGGCUCGGUUCUGAGGUACCGCACUAAACUUGUUAUUUACUCACCAGAGGGAGACUUUGUACAAAAGUCGAUUGCUUGGGUACCUCUGUCCCAUUCGUGUUUCUACCGUGAAGCAGUUGUGUUUGCAUAGCUGUGUUUUGGUUUGAAGGGUGGGAUAUGGCGUGAAUUUACAGGGUACAGAUAAAUAACACCUGAGUCCUCAGGAAUGGCAACACAUGGGGGGUAUCAUGGGCGUAACAGUAUACUCUGUUAAGUUCAUGGUACUUACUGCUCAUGUCUAUAGGCGACGGAAUUGUCUAUAGGUCUAUAGGUGAUGAAAUUUAUAAUAAUUUUGACUUUUAUAGAAAGUUAAUUCAUAUUGGUCCUUACAAUAAAGAUUUCGCUGUGAGAUCAAAUAGAAAUUUUAAUUUUAAAAAUAGAGAAAUUGUAGCCUCAGAAUCGACCGCAUUAAUAUUGAAUUUUUCUAUAAGAAAUAUGAGUCAAAAACUAUAAAAAAGUAGGGUUCCUUUUGUUAACUCGUUGUCUAGUUAGUAUGGGACGUUAUAUUUGUUGUUGUAUUUCGACUCAUGUAUUUUUUUUUAGUUUCGUUUCACUAAUAGAAUAAAUAGAGUGCCACAUUUACGGUCUCUCGGUUACAACUGUGGUGGAGGCCCCAUUUUACGUAUAAAAUAGAUUAUUAUAUUUCAAAAUGUAACCUUAGAAUAACAAAUUAAUUUUCUAUUAUUAAAUUUUUAAUCGUUUUACCAGGUAUCUAUACAGUACUUAAAAUGGCUAAUCCCAGCCAUGAUGAUAGUGUUGCGAGUAAUAAAAAUUUAGUACAAAUUGGUAGAAAAUUAUGUUCCCUCUUUUCCAUUUACCUAAUAUUAUAAUCAAUUCUGUUCAUUUGUAGCAAGAGUCCAUUUGUGGUGGGAGCUCCUAGGCUAUAGCCUGUGUAGCCUAAGCAUUGCGGCGCUGACCAUAUACGUCCACUGUAGGGACGGUUCAGAGGAAAUAUGCUUGAAAUAUCCGGUGAUUAUUGCAACUGUAGUUAAUAGAUACUCUGUAAUAGAUAUAAUAGAUUUAAACUGUGACCAAAAGCCCUGUAAAUAGGGAGAGGGAGACUGUACAAAAGUCGAUUGCUUGGGUACCUCUGUCCCAUUCGUGUUUCGACCGUAAAACAGUUGUGUUUGCAUGGCUGUGUUUCGGUUUGAAGGGUGGGAUAUGGCGUGAAUUUACUGGAUACAGAGGAAUAACAUCUGAGUCCUCAGGAAUGGCAACGCAUGGGGGGUAUCAUGGGCGAAACAGUAUACUUUGUUAUAUCCAUGGUACUGCUUAUGUCUAUAGGCGACGGUUGCCGCUUUCCAUCAGGUGGACCAUCAGCUUGUUUGCCAGUCUAAUUUGUAUAAAAAAAUCAUGUUUAUUUAAAUUUGUAUAAAAAUGGGACUGUCAAACUCCAUUGCUAACAAUCCCUUCCCUCUCGGAAUAUAGAUACCAUAGAGUACUACUACAGGCUAGCAGUCUAUAUGCUGACUAGACCCACCUUUUUGUCUCUACUGUAAUAAGAUUCCAUUGAAAUCUCAACUGAACUCGGGCGGAGUUAUCUGUGAUUUAUGAUAAAUAUAACUAAUUAUAUUUGUUUGUCUGUUCUUGUUAAUGUAUUAUUAACAUUAUUAGAUACUGUCAACGUUAUUACACUAUACAAUACUAUACUGGACGUGUUUUUAGUUAUUGUCGAUUUUGUUUUCCUAAAUAUUUAUGCCAAAUAACGGUAUUUUUGUAGUAUUGAGUUCUUGCUGUGUGUUUGAAUGUUAUCACAGCUGUAUAAUGGAGGGCUUGGCAAUUUUGUAACGUCUGUAUGUAAAUAUUGUUCAAUAUUUACAUCAUGGCGGUUUAUAAAUAUCUUUACUUCUUUUUGUAUUAAAUAGGUGAAAUAAAUUGUAUAAUAUACAUGUAUUCUUAUGUAUGGUUUUUUUUAGUUUCGUUGGUGUCAGUUUUGUUAAUAUGUAAUCGAUGACUUAAGGAAAUGUUGUGUAUAUCUGUAAUUGGUGUAAAUGCAAGAUGCAAGCCCUGUGUAUCAAUUGAAAUUAAUGUCUGUAUUUACACUGUUGAUGUACCUUUUAAAAUAAAUAAAUAAAUAUAUGUAUAAAUAACAUAUACCUAAUAUGCUUUUCGUUACAGAGAGUAGAUUUGAAAUUUGAAGUCACUCUGUAUUUAUAUAUAAAUUUUUACUCUUAUUCUUUCUAUACUGUUCAAUCAUCUCUUAUCUACUAUGCAUUUUAUAUUUUCUGUUUCUUAAACUUUAUUUAUUCAUAUAAUUUUUUUGUAAAUACUGUUAACAAUAUAGAAUGUAGUUAUUUA